AUGUCGACACGAAACCCCAAAGACCGUGCUGUCAUCAGCACAAUCAACAAGCUGGGCUGGGACCUUUUGAUCCAGUUCUGCACCAAGAACAACGCCCCUUACAGCAACAGCACUCUUGUCAGCGGUCUCUCCACCUUCUCAGCCCUUACUAUGCUUGCCGGUGCAACAGUUGAUCCCAAGAAAAGUAAGAUGUGCGCUAAACUCGGCGCCGGCAGCCUCCGCGACCUGCAAGCCACUUACCCGAGGAUACGCCGCAUGCUCGAAUCCGACAAUGUGUUCCACUCGGCCAACGGGCUCGUGGCUGAAACUCAAGUCUGCCUCUCUCCACAAUACCAAGAUUAUCUGAGAGGGCUCAAGGUGGACGCGAAUCUACACUUCCGAAACCUGGUCGACAGCGUGGCUGAGAUCAACAAGUGGAUCUCUCGGACAACAAAACGCAGGAUCCCGUCGUUGCUGACAGUAGACGACCUGCGCGGCUCGGUCGUAGCUCUCAUCAACGCCCUGAUCUUCGCCGCCGCGUGGGCCGAGCCGUUCCGUCCGCGCGACACAGUCCGCUUGGAUAUGAUGUAUAAGCACGGGAAGGAGGUGCCCGUCUAUCAGGGCGAACGGUGCACAGCCGUCCGCCUGCCCUACCGGUGCACACCGCCAUCGGAGUGGUCGAUGAUCGCCUACCUCCCCAACAAAGAUACCCCGAUUCAGGAGGUGCUCCAAAUCCUGCGUACCCGGCGAAUUCCUUCAUUUGUACAGCAUCGAGUGGGCAGGCUCGGUCUGCCUCGCUUCGAACUUCAGGUGCAACAUGAGCUCAACAGCACGUUGAAGGCGCUGGGGUUUCCGAUUGACGGGUCUUUCCCAGCUCUAGAUGUGGGAGGAAACGAUCAGGUGGGCAACAUCAUUCAGGGUCUGAGUGUGGAGUGUAACGAAAAGGGCACGGUGGCCGCCGCAGCUACAGCGGUAAUGUUCGAACGCGGUGGACCUCCCCCUUAUAUCCCUGAGUUGAUAUUCGAUCGCCCGUUUGUGUUUACCAUCGUGGCGGAUGAGCUGGAUUUGGCGAUCUGUACGGGUCUGUUUUCCGGUUCUUAG